GGCGAAUUUUGUCUUCUUUUGGAUCAAUUCGGAUACCACACUUUACUUGGCUGCCAUCAUAUUGACAGGUGCACAAUCCAGCGCUCGGAAUUUCACCCAACGAGGGUCGACGACUAGGUGGACAUUGUGCCGACCCAGUUUUCAAAGAAAGAAAGAGAGGUAUGGUGCCAUUCAAUGCUGCGCAGCUCUAUUAUUAAUAAUUAAUAUAGUCUAUCGGCCGUUAUCUCCGCGCACGAUCCGCAAGACAUGUGGAUCAUCAUGAUGUCGUUCGUUAGGAUGUGCUGAAGAAACGAAAACAGGCCAUAGCUGCUUCUAGUGGACCGCAGCAAGGUUUCCUCGACCUGAUUAUUGGAGAAUGAGGCAUGCCGAGAAAUGAGCCACGCAAGCAAUUUUUCACAGACUUCACCAUAAAUAGCUGCAGGGUCACCGGUGACCAGCGACCUUCUAUAUACUCCAGACAGACGUACGGUAAGUAAUGACGAGACGGAUACUGCAGAUCCACCGCCACCAAACGACCGCUUAACUCCGGACCCAAACUUGGCGUUGUCAGCCGCCUGCAUAAGUAGCGUCAAGCCCACCCGACGGCCCGCCUCUUUUCUACAAAACGAGACCGCUUCCCUUUGACAUCAUGGCCACCGACGACCUGACUACUCUGAAACGCGACAAUUCAACCUCGCCUGAGCUGGAGAGUCUUCCGCGCGAACAUGUCGAGCCUGAUAAUUGGAAAGGCUUGGCAGAUCCGAAGGAGCGCAGGCGGAGGCAGAAUCGGGUAAACCAGCGCGCCUAUCGAAAAAGGAAGCAAGCGCAGCGGCAAGGCAUCAAACUUCCAUCAUCCGAACUCGUUAACCGAAUAUCUACUUCCUCCGGCUCCGAAGAAAACACCUCACCCUCGUCCUCAUCCAACACAGACUCUACGCCCACUACCAGCACGACACUAUCCAUUCGAAAUGCCAAACCUUCCUCGCAAACACUCACUAUCUCCAGCCGCUGCAUCGGCCUAGACGAAGCCUCUCUCCUCCUCGACCAACUCAGCAAAGCCGCCUACGAAAGCUACAUCAUCGGCUCCCCUGCCUCCGACCACCUCCUAACCCUCAGUAAAAUGAACGUAUUCCGCGCCUUCGGCUCAAUAAUGGCGACCCUCGGCAUGAAACACGACAUGGAAUGGCUCCACGACGACGCCAUUUCACCCUUCUCCACGCUCCAACCGGGCUUCGUCGAAGACACAAACCUACCCAUCAACCUCCGCCCGACAGCCCUCCAACGCCGCAAUCCCCACCACCCCUGGCUCGACUUCUUCCCGCAUCCGCGCAUGCGCGAUAAUUUGGUCGCUGCGGGGGACACGUUCGACGACGAGCAGCUCUGCAUCGAUAUCAUGGGAUUCUGGGACAUGUCGAACGAGAGCUGUAGUAUGCUCGUGUGGGGAGAUCCGUCGGACCCGGCCAACUGGGAGGUCACGGAGCAGUUCCUGCGCAAGUGGCCGUGGGUUGUGCGCGGGUGUGGCGGGCUCAUGGAGGCGACGAACCGAUGGCGGGCGAGUCGCGGGGAGAAGAUGAUUUUUCGGUACCUUUAACGGCAAACGCCCAAAACCACUGGAUUACUACUUAUGCAAUUGAGCGACUCGGCUUGGCGUAUGAUGUAUGAAACCAAAAAUCAAUCG